UGACUUGGCUAGAUGCUGAGGCUCCCUGCCGGCCCCACCCAGGACUCGGUGUGAAGGUGGCAGUGGUAGCAUCUGAUUGCAGCAUUGGCAUCCAACUAGCUUCUGCUGGACCCCUGCCAGCCACAGCUGGGCCAGAGGAGGUGCUGAUAGAUGAGCGGUGAGGACUGGCCGAGGCCUGGGGGUGCCCAGCUGAAGCCCCACUUCCUAUUUGCUAGGCAACUGUACCAAGACACUUGCAAGGUGGCAGGGGGGUGGCAUCCUCAGGAGGGUGGACACCAGAGUCCAAGCAGUGAAGAGACUGCAGAGUUCAUCCUCCCUACCCCCCUAUUAGAGAUGGGGAACUGACGCCCAGAGAGGUGAGUGGCUUGGCCAUCGUUAACGCAUUGUUGACAGAGCUGGGACUGGAACCCCAAGGCCCACUGCGAUUUAACCUACAGCACAAGAUGCCUACUCCCGGCUGCCCUCGGGAGGAAAACAAGUCAUUCAUUUCCCCGUGCCCUCCCAGCCUUCCCCCACUUAGUUGUGGGGAGGAGAGAGAAGGAACUUGGGGCACCUGUAGCAUAGAGGCAGCAUGCAGUCCGGGAAGUUGGGGCUGAAUCGAGUCCAACUCUGCCACCCUCUGAGUUAAUGACCUUGGCCCUGUCGCUUCCCUCAGCCAUUUUAUCACCAUCAAAUGGGAAUGAUGAUGCCCGACUGCCAGGCUCGGUGAGGAGUUGGAGUGCCUGUGGAAGGGCUUUGGAGGCCCCGAAGCUCUAUGGGCCACGUGGGCAGCACACCUAUCACCCAGCACGGCAGGGAGGGAGCCUGGGAGCCUGAGGAGCAGCCAGAACAGAGACCUGCUCUUCUUCUUGCUCAGCAAACCUUUCUAAGUAUCACUCUGGCCAUGCCCUGGGAUCCCAGAUGUGGAUCAGACCCAGGCCUGGCCCUUGUGUAGCUCCGACUGUGAUGGGAGAAUGGACUUGUGAUCAGCAGUUAGUACAAGGCACCGGCUCCAGCAUCCUCUCUGCCCUCCAGGAUCUCUUCUCCGUUACUUGGCUCAAUAGGUCCAAAGUGGAAAAGCAGCUACAGGUCAUCUCGGUGCUACAAUGGGUCCUGUCCUUCCUCGUGCUGGGAGUGGCCUGCACCGUCAUCCUCAUGUACACCUUCUGCACCGACUGCUGGCUCAUCGCUGUGCUCUACUUCACCUGGCUGGUGUUUGACUGGAACACGCCCAAGAAAGGUGGCAGGAGGUCACAGUGGGUCCGAAAUUGGGCUGUGUGGCGCUACUUUCGAGACUACUUUCCCAUCCAGCUGGUGAAGACUCACAACCUGCUGACCACCAGGAACUACAUCUUCGGAUACCACCCCCACGGCAUCAUGGGUCUGGGUGCCUUCUGCAACUUCAGCACAGAGGCCACGGAAGUGAGCAAGAAGUUCCCCGGCAUAAGGCCCUACCUGGCCACGCUGGCCGGCAACUUCCGGAUGCCAGUGCUGAGGGAGUACCUGAUGUCCGGAGGCAUCUGCCCUGUGAACCGGGACACCAUAGACUACUUGCUUUCAAAGAACGGGAGUGGCAAUGCCAUCAUCAUCGUAGUGGGGGGCGCAGCCGAGUCCCUGAGCUCCAUGCCCGGCAAGAAUGCGGUCACCCUGCGCAACCGCAAGGGCUUUGUGAAGCUGGCCCUGCGACAUGGAGCCGACCUGGUUCCCACCUACUCGUUCGGAGAGAAUGAGGUCUACAAGCAAGUGAUCUUUGAGGAGGGCUCCUGGGGCCGAUGGGUCCAGAAGAAGUUCCAGAAGUACAUUGGCUUCGCCCCGUGCAUCUUCCACGGCCGAGGCCUCUUCUCCUCUGAUACCUGGGGGCUGGUGCCCUACUCCAAGCCCAUCACCACUGUCGUGGGUGAGCCCAUCACCAUUCCCAAGCUGGAGCACCCGACCCAGCAGGACAUCGACCUGUACCACGCCAUGUACAUGGAGGCCCUGGUGAAGCUCUUCGACAAGCACAAGACCAGCUUCGGCCUCCCGGAGACCGAGGUCCUGGAGGUGAACUGAGCCAGCCCUCAGCCAGGCGCCGGAGGACCCCGCUGGGCCGCCAGCCGUUUCCCGCCAAGUUCUCGAGUGCUUUUUGUUCUGUAAAUUUGGAAGUGUCAUGGGUGUCUGUGGGUUAUUUAAAAGAAAUUAUAAUAAUUUUGUUAAACCAUGAAAAUGUUAGGUCUUUUUUAGGAAGGGAAACGCUUGAACAUUUCAGGCUUGCUCCCUCCCAGUUUGUGCUGUUCUAGGUGGUGGCGAACGCCUCGGGGCCUUCAGAGUUUCCCAACCAGCCCCUCUUCUUCCAUUCCUGAAGUUACAGAGCGCGCGCGGGCCUGGCUGGCUGGGGAAGAAGGACCGCCGCUCGUGACCCGGGCCAGUUAGAUGACUUGCUCUUUGCCCCUGGAGGAUGAGGAGCAGAAGCCGCUCCCGACACAAACACCUCUGGUCCCAGCUGCCUUGACUGGACGGCAGGACUAGUCCCUCUGGCCAAGGGGAAGCCUCGAAGGCACAGUUGUCCCCGUUUUGAAGAGAGCAUCUGGACCGUUCCAGCGAUUCUCCUCUCUGCCACAUUCCCAGUCUUUCACCCUGAGCCUGGACUGGCUUCCGCAGAGACCGUGGGGGUGGUGAUGAGCCUGUGCCGCGAGCAGGGCUGGCCCAGGCAUACCGUCUCUUGGAUUAUCCAGCUACCACGUUCUGCUUGGAGUGACUGGUUUUCCUCAGGGGGCUGGUGACCUGGACCCAGCCCUGACCAGGCCUUGGCCAGAAGCCCAUACUUUCCGGUGGCCUCGUUUUGCUUAACCCCACGCCCCCAAGGGGAGGUGUGAGGAAGGGGCCCCUCUUCCUGUUCACAGAGGAGCCUGGCCUUCUGAGCAUCAGAUUGGUUUCCGGAUAGGAGCCCCCGAACCCACGCGUCAGAUGUGUGUGCCUUUUUGGGAGGAUGGGGGCCAGGGAGGAAACCCCGCCUUUCUUCUGUGUGUUCUGUUUUCUCUUGAUGAGACCAUUGUACCAUGUCAGACUUUUGUAUAUUCCUAAACAGAUAAAUAAAAAUGAGCGUCCUCUGA